GUAUGAAGGUGUGGGAUGGAGACAGUCCCACGUCUCUUCAUGAUGACUUUUGAAAACGGAAAAGGGAGGGUUUUCUUUGGAGAGAGAGAACGAGAGAGAGAGAGACGGUCACUAAAAGAGGAUAAAUCACCAAGAGGAGGAGGAGGAAGCAAGGGGGCGGGGGGGUUCUCCCAGCAUCGGUAUGCCUGCCCGCCUCAUUUCCACUCCAGACGUCGUGGCUGCUGCUGCUGCUGCUGCUCUCCAGAAUGGGAAUAACAGCUGAGCUGCGUUUAUUCCUGUCAGGCGUUUUCAACAUCUGCCGCCUCACACGCCGCUUUUCAUCCUGCCAGCUGUGAUCCCGUCGCCAAGGACCCGGCGGGAAGAACUCCCUGCGAAGAAGCGGCAAGUCAGACGUGGAAGUGUGAUGGUAACGAGGUAAAGACGACGAGACAGGAGGCUUCCGUGCUCCGUAUGUCACAUCGCGGCGUGUUUUCGGGAGUCCGGGACUACAAACAUGUAAACGGGAGCCGUUCUUCUGUCCCGUCUGCAAGGAGAUGUUGAAGCCAUCUCAGCCUCGCGUCUCGAGCAUAAAGCAGCCUGAGAUUUCUUCCCUGGACAAACGGAAACCAGGAGACACUGAGUUCUUCUGCUAAAAAAGCCAGAGGACGUCUUCACCUUCCUCCGUCUGCUCCGCUUUUGGAAUGAGGCGUCGCUAUGGAAUUCAGUCCGCUUUGGAUUGAAACCCUACAGCUCUUUCCAACGCCAGGAAGCUAGCGACCUGCCGAAUCGUCCUUGGGGCUCCCCAUACCCUUGAAGACCCGCCCAAGAUGAUGAAUUCCUCACUGGAUCCACUGUACCGGACCCCUGCUGACCUAUCAAACUUCUCCGCCCCCUUCUGCUUGCUUGAGAUCAGCUAUUCCAGCGUCUUCACCACCUGCUUGCUGGAGGUCUCCAUCAUACUUCUCCUCAGCGUUCUGAUCAUUUCGGGCAACCUGGUGGUGAUAUUCGUUUUCCACUGCGCCCCGCUGCUCAGCCAGCACACCACCAGCGCCUUCAUCCAGACCAUGGCGUACGCCGACCUGCUGGUGGGCGUCAGCUGCCUCUUCCCCACCUUGUCCUUGCUGCAUCACCUCCAGGGACUGGACCCCAAGCUCACCUGCCAGGUGUUCGGCUACAUGGUAUCGGUUUUGAAAUCCGUCUCGAUGGUGUCGUUGGCGUGUGUAAGCGUGGACCGUUACAUCGCCAUCACGUGCCCUCUGACCUACGCCGCCCUGGUGACGCCGUGCCGGGUGCGCUGCUGCAUCGUGCUGAUAUGGCUGUACUCCGCGCUGGUGUUUCUGCCUUCCUUUCUCGGGUGGGGGAAGCCGGGUUACCACGGCGAUGUGGUGGAGUGGUGCGCCAUGGAGUGGCGGACCCGCCCGGCCUUCACCACCUUCAUCGUGGUGCUUCUCUACGCCCCGGCCACCUUCACCGUCUGCUUCACCUACGCUAACAUAUUCAAGAUCUGCCGUCAGCACACGCGGGAGAUCAGCGAACGCCACGCCCGCUAUCGGCCCCAGCAGCACCAAGACCCCGCCAUGACGUCUGGAUCUCUAGUCAAGGACAAAGGGGAGGUGGACCACAGGAGCUUGCAGUAUCAGCAGCCCUCCUCCACGUACCCGGAUAAACGAUACGCUAUGGUACUGUUCCGGAUCACAAGCGUCUUCUACAUCCUGUGGCUGCCGUACAUCCUCUACUUCCUGCUGGAGAGCGGCGGGAUCUACCACCACCCGGCGGCGUCCUUCCUCACGACCUGGCUUGCCAUCAGCAACAGCUUCUGCAACUGUCUCAUCUACAGCCUCUCCAACUCGGCGUUCAGGAAGGGCCUCAAGCGCCUCUGCUCGUACUGCUUCCAGCGCAGCGCCGGCGGCUUCGGCGUCAGGAAGCCCAAGAAGGCUUUCAUCGGUUCGGUGGAGCAAGGGUUCGGGUCAGGCCACUGCGACGCGGGAGGCGGCACGACAUGCCACGUUUAGGCGACGUUUGGAGAUGUUUUGCCGACAUUUGGAGAUGAAAAAGCAGGCGUCAUUCUGCCGCCGCCGUUCCUGUCACAUUUGGAGGUUAUACAGACGUCCUCUCUGCAGCACGCCACAGCUGGCGGUGGGAGGAGCCUGCAGCCAAGGAUACCUCGUCCUAAAUAAUAGCUCCACGAGGUGUCAUUCAUUCACGGGCGGGGAAAAGAGGACUGAAAGUGUUGUAUCUAUUUGGGGGAAAUCAUGCGAUGAUUGUCGGACGCCAGUGUUGAUUCCGGGACUGACCUUUGACCUACGUCGGUAGAAACACAAAACCGAUGGACAACUCCUGUGCCAUUUUCCAGUCUGGGUUUGCACUUCAAUGGUUUAUUUAUUUGGAACAUGCUGAGCAACGUUACAUCACAUGUUUACACGAAUAAGAGGAGGAAGAUGCAGAGCGUAUUUCACCCGACUCCUUUCUCUGUGUCCCAACGACCCGGGGGUGUCCAAACGCUUUCCUGCGAGGGUCACAUGUACAUAAUAGAGGUUAUAUAUUUAAAAAAAAAGACUUCAUCUCAGCUUUGUCAUUCACUCGAAGUGAAAAAGACCAUUAUUCAUAUCAACUCAUUGCACUUCUUCUUCUUAAAAAAAUAUUUGAUAUUUUGACUUUAUUUACAUAAUUUUCCCAAACUUUUUAAAAAAUUGCAACUCUCUUUAAUCUUUUCUUUUUUUUAUAUUUCAACUAAAAUUACAUUAUUUUUCCUCUUUUAUGGGUUAAUACAACCUUUUUUCUCCUAAUAUUUUGCCUUUAUUCAUGUAAAAUUACAUUUUUUUUUCAUUUAAACUUUAUUUUGUUUGUUUCUCAUAAAGACACAUUUUUCAUUUCAAAUUUCAACUCCAUGCUAGUAACGUAGCAUGAUUUUCCUUCUAUUACUAUGAGCUUAUUUUUUGAAAAAUUGCAAUUUUUCCUCAUUAGAGUACGACUCUUUACUUUUUAUUUUGACUGUUAUGUUUUUGUUGAAUUUUUUCCAACAAUUUCAACAUUCAUCCUGUACAUUUUCUUCUCAACAUCAUGACUAUUUACUAUGACUGUGAUUUUUUUUUCUUAAUAUUUUGAAUUUAUUCUUGUAAAAUUACUGCUGAUUUUGUUAAAUUAAAUGUGGGCCAAACAAAAAAACAGCCGUGUUUUGCAAACGGCCCCUGGUCCGCGCUUUGGACACCCCUGAUUGAAGUGCUACUAGCGUGUUUAUGAUUGAUGAUCAACGACCACAAACGGCUUCGACUGUUAUCAUAAUGUCUGCUGCCGACCCCGCUGUUGGGGUCAUGCAUGCCGGUUUGUCGUGUUAAAUGUCAAGCAAAAAAAAAAAAAAAGUACAUGUUUUCACAGUAAUUGUACGCCAAUAAUUGGUACACGGGUUUUGCCGGUACAUCUGUUGCCUGAGGACGGCAGCCGCUGUAAAGACACGAUGUACACUGGAGAAACUCGAGCGCUGCCUCUUGUCGCUGUCGGCCGUGGGUGGCUUCAACUUGCAAUGCCGGGGCCACGCAGGAAACACACAAACCAAAAACAAAGGCGUCAUUCUUCCAGGGCAACUAGCAUGUGUUUGUGUGCAUGCAUCACAUCACGUAUGGUACCUUCCCAUCAUCUGGCUAAUCUUUCUACAUUUCUGUCCCGAGUGGCACGUCACCUUCAGCUAACUGAAUGCAUCCUUUGGCGUUUCUUUAAAACCCUUCCGUACCUGUUUUAUACCAAAUAAGGAGUUUUGCUAAUCUGUGAGAGGGUUUUCUGCACAGUUGUUGCCUUGAUGAAGAAAUUAUUAGCGAAUAUUUCCAGAGGGCUGUGUUUUUUCUAGACAUGUGACUGUUAGAGCGUACAGACGGGGGCUGAGUCUUUGUACUUCCUUUUCCUCGUUUGCUCGAGUACGUAGCCCGCGUACUGUCCGUGCGCUUCAGGUAUACGAACUCGAACGCGACCAACGGCUGGAUGAGACUGUUAUUUCAAGCGAAGGUGCUAACGCGCUAUCGCCCUUCCGUCCAUCACUCCACUAAGUGUUUUUUUUUUUAAUUUGAAUUCGAAUUAGGGCAGCAUGGUGGUUAAGUGGUUAGCGUGCAGACCUCACAGCUAGGAGACCAGGGUUCAAUUCCACCCUCGGCCAUCUCUGUGUGUAGUUUGCAUGUUCUUCCCGUGCAUGCGUGGGUUUUCUCUGGGUACUCCGGUUUCCUCCCACAUUCCAAAAACAUGCUAGGUUAAUUAGCGACUCCAAAUUGUCCAUAGGUAUGAAUGUGAGUGUGAAUGGUUGUUUGUCUAUAUGUGCCCUGUGAUUGGCUGGCGACCAGUCCAGGGUGUACCCCGCCUCUCGCCCGAAGACAGCUGGGAUAGGCUCCAGCACCCCCACAACCCUUGUGAGGAAAAAGCGGGAGAAAAUGAAUGAAUUCGAAUUACAAUGAUGCACAAUCAUGUUAGGCUGCAUUGACACUUGUGGUGGGGAACUCUGGUCCGUGCACGCGAGCAGUAAAGAACAUACAAGCCAAACAAAGGACUUGAUCGGGCAUCUUUGGUCGUCACGUAAUGCAAAUAUUCCAAACCCGCUCCAAACAAUACAUAGCAAGAGCACCCUCAUGGGUCUUUAGGACGGGCACAUGUUUGUCUAUAUGUGCCCUGUGGUUGGCUGGCCACCACUCCAGGGUGUCUCGCCCAAAGACACAGGCCACCCUCGUGAGAAUAAGCGGUAGAAAAUGAAUGAAUGAAUUGUACCAAGUGAGUGUGAAUGGUUGUUUGUCUAUAUGUGCCCUGUGAUUGGCUGGCGACCAGUCCAGGGUGUACCCCGCCUCUCGCCCCAAGACAGCUGGGAUAGGCUCCAGCACCCCUGCGACCCUCGUGAGGAAAAAGCGGUAGAAAAUGAAUGAAUGAAUGAAUUGUACCAAAUGCUCCUCAAUGAGGGGAAAAUGAAACAUUGAGCGCACCGGCUGCUGGGAGCGUGUGCCCGAAUAUAGUGCACCUUGCUGGGCCACGCCAGGUGGCUCCCUCUGCUCUGUCCUCUGGUUCUCCUGAUGGUAGGAAUGUGGUAGAUAUUUCAUGAGGACUUAAAAUCAACUUUUUUAAAAGCGGAUGUGACAAAGUUAUCGGGACUGAGAAGCAGGAUGUUGUCGAUUUUUGGUGUGAUUAAAAAAAAAAUUAUUAUGCAUCUCUAAUUAUUUUUAUAUUCUGCUAUAUUUCUAAAUAACUUCUAAAAUGUACGACUGUAUUAAAGAGCGCCAUAUCGAGAAAGAGCAGAGCGGAAAGACGCACCAGAGUUCCAUGUAAACCCAAGUAAACAUGACAAGUGUGGAGGCAGGCCGAGUUAGAUUCCCAUGCUGUCUUCCAGCAGGGGUGUCCAAAGGCUGUCACCCAGCCAGCCGGGGCCACUUGGAAGCUGAUGGCAACCCGUGUGGAUACGCUAACAAGUGAUGGAUAUAUCUCAUGUCAGCUUUCAACAUUUUAGUCAUGUCAACGUCAACUUUUUUUUUAGACAUUAUUUAUUUUUUUCUUGUGAAUUAUCUUAUUGUAAUAUUAUUAUUAUAUUAUAUAUUAAUAUUAUAUUAUUAAUUUAUAUUAUAUUAUAUUAUUCAUUUAUAUUAUAUUAUUCCCAUAAUAUUAUGACAACUAUUUUGUUUAGUUUGUCAUAGUAUUACAUCUUUAAAAAACUUUUUUUAGACAUUAUUUAUUUUCCACUCGUUUCUACUUUCUUCUUGUGAAUUAUCUUAUUGUAAUAUUAUUAUUAUAUUAUAUAUAUUAUAUAUUAAUAUUAUAUUAUUAAUGUAUAUUAUAUUAUAUUAUUAAUUUAUAUUAUAUUAUUCCCAUAAUAUUAUGACAACUAUUUUGUUUAGUUUGUCAUAGUAUUACAUCUUUAAAUAACUUUUUUUAGACAUUAUUUAUUUUCCACUCGUUUCUACUUUUUUCUUGUGAAUUAUCUUAUUGUAAUAUUAUUAUUAUAUUAUAUAUUAAAUAUUAAUAUUACAUUAUUAAUUUAUAUUAUAUCAUUCCCAUAAUAUUAUGACAACUAUUUUGUUUAGUUUGUCAUAGUAUUACAUCUUUAAAAAAAUAUAUAUAUAUUUAAACAGAUUUUCCCCCUCAUAAUAUUAUGAGCUUAUCGUCAUGCAAUUCCAACUUUUGUCUUCAAUCUACUAAAAUGAUGUUUUUCCUCGUUAUUAUUAUUCCAUCCAUAAAUUGGAUGACCGCUAUUUUCUCUUCAUAUUUUGACUUUUAUCUUAUCUUUUCUUUUAUCUCAUUUGACUGUUAUCUUAGUUGUCUUGUUAAAAUAAAUUUUUAGAAUGCGUCACGGGCCAAUAAAAAAAUCAUCUGCGAGCCGCCGAUGGCCCCCAGGCGGCACUUUAGACACCCCUGUCUUCCGAGAAGAAAAAAAUGUUGGAUUUUAUUACUUUGUGGUUGUCUGUGUAAAGAAAAGGCAUAUUGAAUGUUUGUAAAGCGAGCUACCGGAGGCCAUUGCAUUUAUCAGCAAAAAAAUCUUUCCCAAGGCGAUUCUACUGUAAAAUGUUUUUACGCUUGAAGAGAACACGUCAGAUUGUAAUCAACUGUUUAUUUUUUGGCUUAAAAAAAAGAAAUAGAAGUUGAUAAAAAUGGGGAGGGGGGGGUGUUGCUGCUGCUGCCAAGAAACGUACGUGCACUACUUUGACUUUGUGAUGCUUCCAGAGAUAUUCUUAUUCUUAUUCUUAUUAUUGGUUGGUAUACGCACAGCAGGUUGUGCGACUGCAUCAGUGACACACACACACAUGGACAUAGCGUCCUUAUCUGUCUCCUGAUCUCUAUUGGAUUUUCUUCCUGGUGGUUAUUUUGGGGUGUAUGUAGGCCACACCAGCACGCCACUAAUUGCCCACUCAUGACCCAGCUUUUGUGAGCAGCCGACUUUGGUGACUUUUUGUUUGUGAGAAUCGUCAAAUCUCAAUGCCUGCGUGUGUGUGUGUGUGUGUGUGAGAUGAGCUGAUACGGUGAGCUUAUCAAGAUGUUGCUGAGACCAUGUGACCAAGAAUACCACCAAACCGUGUGAUGCUUUGUACAAGAGGUGGCAAAACCUACAUGUACGGUACAUGUACUGUAUAUUGUAUUGUAAGAUGUACAUGUUGUGUAUCUGUACUGACAAAAUAAAUGUUGUGUCCUGUACUAUAUUGUUUUUCAAGUCUCACAUAUGCCACGGUAUAAGUAGUAUAAGUAGUCAAGUAUCAGCCUUGAUGCAGGCAUUUUGGCAGUACUUUUGGGUAGACCUACUAGUAACGUUUUUUUGUUUAUAGCCCAGGCUCAUUUUACAUUUAAGAUGUGUAGCGAAGCCUGCUGUGUUAGGUGUCACUUUACAAGAAGGUACACAGAAAUGCAGUAGUUACUGAUCAACUAAUGAGGAAGUAACGAGUAGUUACUGAGGAAAGUAGUGACUGAGGAGCUAAUGAGGAAGUAAACCUGUUUGGUUUAGCGUUUUAAACAAAGCCGUCGUAUUUGGGGUUGGGUAUCAUGUCCCUGAGGAAGGAGGUUAUUUUUUAUGACAUCUUAAGAUGACAAAACUUUAAUAGCGAGCGUUUUAGCACCUCUUCUCUCUCAAGUGACGCAAGGAAGUGAGAGAGAUGUGGAUUUUUUUCCUUUUUAACGGCAGACAGACUAAAUAACUAAACAACGUAGUUUUUGUAAUAUUUCAAACCCUAUGCUACUAAAAAAAAUCCUCAUAUUAUGAUUAUUCUCAUAAAAUUACAUCCUUUUUCUCAUUAGAAUAAUACUUUUUUGUCAUAUUUUGAUGUAUUUCUCAAACAUACGCCUUUCUUACAUUUCUGCUGUUUAUUUUCCUUUUUUUUCCCUUUCUUCUUGUAAAAUGUUUAUUCUGCUGUUAUGACUUUAUUCCCAUAAAAUUUGGACUUUAUUCUCAUAAGAUAAUUACCUUUUCCACAACCAAAAUUUCCAAAAAUGUGAAAUUUAUUUUCGUUAUUUCACUUCUCAUAAUAUCAUAACUUUUAAAACAGCUGCUAGCAUUUCUAGCUAUUUUCAUUGG